UUUGCAUACUAAUUCACUCCCACUCUCUUCUUUCUCCUCUCUUCCCUAUCUUUCCUGUAAGCAAACGAACAGGAACAAAAACAGUGCUACACAUUCAUAACAGUUUUGGCAAUGCACCGUGUUGGUAGUGCGGGGAACACAAACAAUUCAAGUCGACCUCGUAAGGAGAAGAGAUUAACAUAUGUGUUGAAUGAUUCUGAUGACACAAAGCAUUGUGCAGGCAUCAAUUGUUUGGCUGUGCUUAAAUCUGCAGUAUCUGAUGGGACUGAUUAUCUCUUCACUGGGAGCCGUGAUGGCAAGCUAAAACGGUGGGCACUAGCAGCAGAGGAUAUGGCAACAUGCUCUACUACCUUUGAAUCUCAUGUGGAUUGGGUUAAUGAUGCAGUUCUAGUGGGUGAUAAUGUACUUGUUUCUUGUUCUUCAGAUACAACACUCAAGACAUGGAAUGCCUUGUCCGCUGGAGCAUGUACUAGGACACUCCGUCAACACUCAGAUUAUGUUACUUCCCUUGCAGCAGCUGAAAAAAAUAGCAAUAUUGUUGCCUCUGGUGGCCUUGGUGGGGAGGUUUUUAUAUGGGACAUUGAAGCUGCUGUUGCUUCGGCUGCAAAAUGCAAUGAUGCUACUGAUGAUGAUAAUUCAAAUGGUAUCAAUGGUUCUGGAAACUCAUUACCAACAGCAAGCUUACGCACCAUUAGCUCAAGCAACAAUAUAUCCAUGCACACUACUCAAACUCAAGGAUACAAUCCAAUUGCUGCCAAAGGCCAUAAGGAAUCUGUUUAUGCUUUGGCAAUGAAUGAAGGCGGUACACUUCUCGUCUCUGGUGGUACAGAAAAGGUUGUACGUGUUUGGGAUCCAAGAUCUGGAUCAAAGACUUUAAAGCUAAAAGGGCAUACAGAUAACAUCAGGGCUUUGCUUCUUGAUUCUACUGGCAGAUUUUGUUUAUCAGGAUCUUCAGACUCUAUGAUAAGGCUUUGGGAUCUUGGUCAGCAACGUUGUGUGCAUUCUUAUGCAGUUCACACAGAUUCUGUUUGGGCUCUUGCCAGCACUUCAACAUUUAGUCAUGUUUAUAGCGGUGGUAGAGAUUUUUCUUUAUACUUGACAGACUUGCAAACGAGAGCGAGUGUUUUACUUUGCACUGGUGAAUACCCUAUUCUUAAAUUGGCUUUGCAUGACGACAGCAUAUGGGUUGCAUCAACGGACUCUUCAGUUCAAAGAUGGCCUGCUGAAGGACACAACCCUCAAAAGAUCUUCCAAAGAGGCAAUUCUUUUUUAGCUGGAAAUUUGUCCUUUUCAAGAGCAAGGGUGUCACUAGAAGGAUCUACCCCUGUUCCUGUAUAUAAACAACAGACCUUAACUAUUCGUGGCACCCCUGCAAUACUACAACAUGAAGUUUUACCUAAUAGGAGGCAUGUCCUGACAAAGGAUACUUAUGGUUCAGUGAAGUUGUGGGAAAUUACAAAAGGUGUUGUAGUUGAAGAUUAUGGGAAGGUUUCAUUUGAGGAGAAAAAAGAAGAACUAUUUGAGACGGUUAGCAUUCCUGCAUGGUUCACUGUGGAUACCAGGCUUGGAUGUUUGUCUAUACAUUUGGACACUCCCCAGUGCUUUUCUGCCGAGAUGUAUUCAGCAGAUCUAAACAUUGUAGGCAAGCCUGAAGAUGAUAAGGUUAACUUGGCCCGAGAAGCACUGAAAGGACUCUUGGCUAAUUGGUUGAUAAAAAGAAAGCAGAGAAUGGAGACUCCAACUCCUGCUAAUGGGGAAUUAUUACCUGGAAAGGAUAUUGGUACUAGAAGCAUUACGCAUUCAAGAAUCGAGGUUGAUGGAAGUUCAGAGACAGAUGCUAUGGUUUAUCCUCCAUUUGAAUUCUCGGUUGUUUCCCCUCCUUCCAUUGUUACUGAGGGAAGUCACGGAGGUCCCUGGAGGAAAAAAGUGACUGAUUUAGAUGGAACUGAGGAUGAAAAAGACUUUCCCCGGUGGUGUCUGGACUGCAUAUUGAAUAAUCGGUUACCUCCUAGAGAAAAUACGAAAUGCAGUUUCUAUUUGCAUCCAUGUGAAGGUUCUAGUCUCCAGAUCCUCACCCAAGGGAAGCUAAGUGCUCCACGUAUAUUAAGAAUUCAUAAAGUUAUUAAUUAUGUUAUAGAAAAGAUGGUGGUUGACAAACCUUUGGAUAGUGUCAAUGCCGAUGGUAAUUUCCCCCCUGGACUUGCUGGGUCACAAUUACAGCACCAAGCAGUUGGGGAUGGGUCUUCCCGAUCUGGAUUUAAAACUUGGGAAAAGAUUAAGCCUUCUAUUGAAAUAUUGUGCAACAAUGAGAUAUUGUCUCCUGAAAUGAGCUUAGCCACAGUGCGAGCUUAUAUAUGGAAGAAAACAGAUGACCUUGUCCUAAAUUACAGAGUAAUUCAAGGGAGGUGACUGCAAAAUGCGCUUCCAUCAAAGGUGGUAUAGCAACUUGAGUGUUUCUUGGCUUUUCUUAGUUACACAUGAUGUUAUUGCUUUCAUGGCAUUUGUACCUGCAUUUUGUUUUUAUGUAUUUUAUUUCUUUUGCUAACUGAAGACAAGGAUGGUAUUCCGAAUUUCUUUUCUGAUUGAUGCCUAUGUUGCUCCCCAAAUUGAGAAGGCUUUAUAGCCAUUAUGUUGCAGAUGGGGUGAUAUGAAGUUAUUAAACUGAAACUUUUCGAAUAAAAUUUUCUCUCAAUCUGGAAGAAAAUAAGUUUGCAAGUUUUGCCUGGGUUUGAAUGGUGCUUAUUGGUAUAAAAAAUAACUUCUAAAGGGUUACGUAUUAAUUUACACUCAACUUAUCAUGCCCAAUUUUUCUUUGAUUGAUUUCUCAGAAAGGUUUGCAGUCUUCAUCAUUACUAAUAUUUGCAGGUUUUCUUGUGCUGUGAUUGUGAAAAUCAUUUCUGAACAUUGAUUCUGCUGGGGUGCCUGCUUUGAUCAGUGGCAUUGUAAGACGCUUGUAUAUUCUAAACUCUCAUUGAUCACCAAAUUAAGUGGCAUUCUUCAAACCUGCUUGGAUAGAUUUUGCGUUAGCAGGGAGCUGUUACUAUAAAUUUUGAUUUAUAUCUAGUUGGCGUGCAUACUUUAACAGGAAAUGACAGGUUCAUGGAUUGUGUCUGGCAAGAUGAAGGUUUUCUAAUGGGUUAUGUUGACAAUUAGUGGGAUCACAUGGGAUGUUUUCCAGGAAGUAGGUAUUAUAUUUAGAGAUGACCACAAAAAAUUGUACAUUUGAGUUGGGAGUUAUAUGCCUAGCCAGAGAUUCUGUUCUACAAGUGUAUCUUACAUCCUCACCCGUUAUGUUUCUUUUUCAUUUUAAAAUUUUGUUAAUCGCAUGUAGUAUUAUUUUCAUUUGUACAAAUUAGAAUCAGUCACCUCCUGUUUGUGUCCUUUUCUGCUUAUUCUUCCCCUUGCUUCUCUGCCAUUGGAGCUGACUGUAUUCGAUCUGACAUCCUGGGUUGCUUUGUGGUUUUAUGUUGAAUUUGCACUUUACAAGUAUUCUAAAUGGUCUCGCUCAUACCGUGUUGUGUGCCCUUGUUUUGUGUGUAUAUGCGGAGUCCAGAAUUGAAGAUUUUGGAAACUGGAAUCACAAACAAUGGCAGGUGCUGGUUUUAUUUAGGGAUGGUUAUUUCUAUCCUCUGAUGCCUAUUUUCUAACGUUUUCAUAUAGUGUAUUGAAUCGAGCAAUUUCUUUAGGUAUACGUUCUAAUUUAGCUAAAGUUACGCAACAACGGAACUAGCAAAUCAUAUGAGAGUUACCACGGUGAAUCUAGGGAUUCUGGGUUUCUUCGCUUCUGGACGCAUGAUAAGGU